AUGUGUUCCGCCAACACACACCCGCUCUCUAGAGCUCGCAAGACACAGGCCCUUAUCUCGGUGAUUUCGUGGCCGUGCGCUCUCGCCGCCGUCUUUACGAGUCGCCAGGGCCCUCACGCAUGGAUUCAGCUCGUUAUAAUCACGGUUUCUAGCACCAUGUCUAUAUUCAUGCUCUCCAGGUAUCGCAAAUCCUCAAGCCAAUCUUAUUCGCUCCUCGAAAUCGCUAUUGAUGGCUUGGUCGCCUUACUCCUGGUCGGGGUAUACAUUUUCGGAAUGAUCCUCCUUUCUACUCAACAUAUUAGCGAAUGGGAGUCUCCCUGGGACUACAAGCUUGCCCGUGGUAUUCCCCAGAUUUACUCUAACCUCUCAUGUAUCAUCCUCGGUCUGUUAUAUUUGCGCACCUUUUCUCGAGGGUUCUUCCACAAAUUUAUCAUACCUAUGCUCAAGGCCCGCUGUCUUAACUACACCCUUUGCCCAGCCUGUGACCGAUCUGUGGAUGCUCCAAUUACCAAGAGUCAGGAUAUGACCGCGAGCGCGGCGGGACAGGAAAGACCCUUUGUCUCGACUGAUUGUCUUCGGGGUUUUUACACUGAUGAUGUUGAGUCCCAGCUGUUACUACCCGAGAGCUCCUUAGUCGUGAUGGGUAAUCAGACUACUGGCAUUGUGACCAAUGACUGA